UCUUGUCAUCCGCGACGGCCAGCGUCUGCCGGUUGAGGGACUCGGCUCUGAACCUUCAUAGAUUUGUUGUUGCUGCUUCGUCAUUCUAUUAUUGGCAUCAACUAGUCAUCGCCGGAACACGUAUUUAUUGACCUGUUGUUUUCCCGUCAACAAUGGCUGACCCUAAAUACGCCAAUUUACCAGGAAUUGCUUUUAACGAGCCGGACGUCUAUGAGACAGGCGACCUUCCAGAGGAUGACCAGGCCCAGUUCGAGUCGGAGGAGUUGUGCAGCGACAGUGUGGAGAGGAUUGUGGUCAACCCUAACGCUGCCUAUGACAAGUUCAAAGACAAACAUAUCAGCACCAAGGGACUGGACUUCUCGGACAGAAUCAGUAAAAGUAGACGAGUUGGCUACGAGUCUGGAGAAUUUGAAAUUCUGGGCGAAGGCUGCGGAGUGAAAGAAACCCCUCAACAGAAGUACCAGCGCCUGGUGAAUGAAAUCCAGGAACUCUGCCAGGAGGUGGACACCAUCCAGACGGCCACUAAAGAGAGCAAUGCCGAGGAGCGUCUGACCCCGGUUGUACUGGCCCAGCAGGCAGCUCAGCUUAAACAGCAGCUGGUUUCUGCACAUCUUGACUCGCUACUGGGACCUCAGGCUCACAUCAAUCUCGCUGACCCAGAUGGAGCGCUGGCCAGGCGUCUGCUCACACAGCUGGAAGCAGCCAAAUGCAGCCGUGGCAGCGCAGCAGGAGACGGCAAGCAGGCAACAACAACCAAGGGCCCAGAUGGAGUCGUGCUCUACGAGCUGCACAGCCGACCGGAGCAGGAGAAAUUCAGCGAGUCUGCCAAGAUGGCUGAAUUGGAGAAACGGCUUGCUGAGCUGGAGACGGCUGUUGGCUCAGGAUCAGACAAGCAGGGACCUCUGAGUGCCGGAGUGCAGGGAUCCAGUUUGAUGGAUACUUUAGACCUCUUGCAAGCGAGAGUCAGCGCUCUGGACUCUGCCACUCUGGAUCAGGUGGAGGCCCGGCUGCAGAGCGUGUUGGGCAAGAUGAAUGAAAUCGCCAAACACAAAUCGGCAAUCGAGGAUGCUGAUACACAAAACAAGGUGUCGCAGCUCUACGACGUGGUGCAGAAGUGGGACGCCAUGUCCACUUCCAUCCCUCAGGUGGUGCAGCGGCUCGUCGCUGUCAAGGAGCUGCAUGAGCAAGCGAUGCAGUUCGGGCAGCUGUUGACUCAUCUGGACACCACUCAGCAGAUGAUCAACAACUCUAUGAAGGACAACAACACUCUGCUCACACAGGUCCAGCAGACCAUGAAGGAAAACCUGGUGGCCAUUGAGGAGAACUUUGCUUCACUAGACCAGAGGAUGAAGAAACUGUCCAAGUAAACAACCUGCUCCAAGAUGAUGGACAAAUGACUGGACGGUCAGAGGCUCCGCCCUCUCUGGCCGUGCCCACUCUCGCUCGCUCUCAUCCUCCACUUCUGCCUUUUCUUCACACAGUGGAACGGUCAUUUCAGAAAGGUUGAACACACAAAAAAACAUCUUUCCACCCCUCCUCCUCCUCCUCCUGAGCUACAUUACACACUAAUGACUCCAUGUAUAUGUUUUCAUUACUUUCUCACCUUCUCCUCCCUCACUUUUCUCCUGAGAAACGGGUUGUUCAGUCAUGUGAAGGAAUGACUUGUGGUCGCAUGAGCGAGUCACCGGAGGAAGCUUGUACAUACGCCGCCGUACCGUUUGGUUUCUACACUCAGUGGCUUGUAACUAUUAUUAUUAAGACUGAGGCACAAACCUGCAUCAUCAAGUCGACUUUGUUGUUGAACUGUGGAUCAAUAAAACAAGGCAAAUGCUCCUCGUGUUUUAAGGUGCGGAAUAUUGUUUGAAAAAUCAUGUUCUCCAGCCUGAAAUGAUCAGAUCCUUCAAGUGGUGAUGUCAUCUGCUUUAAACCGCACUUCUCCCUACAUUUUAGUCACUUUGCCUUUGAGCAAUACACGGGCUGCUGUUGCACUCACCUUGCAGCUGGCUCAUCUGAGCUCUGAAGAACAAGCAAAUUAGGAAGGCCGCCAAACGUAACGUCAAAAAUCGUCAAGAGUUUGGAGAUGAAAUCCGUCUCAGCCAGCAAGUCUUGACUGCCGUCAUGCAGAUUUUUACCACUGGGUGGCAGCAGUGCGUCAUCUGUCGCUAGUAGUGAACCUUGGUCCCCUCACUGGUGUCGCGUCUGUGUGUGAGGCGCAGGUGAGCUGAUAAGGGAACAGAGAAGCAGGUGACUGAUGACUCACUCUGCUCUGCACCACACAAGAUCAGGGUCACAAGGUGCUAUCUGAUUGGUUAAACCCGUCUCUCUAGAUCUCUCCUUUAAUCUCACUCAGACGUCAACCUUCUGGGAAUUUCCCACACAGGAUCCAGUUCAGUGCAGAGACAAGCUGCGAACUGUAUAUAUCAUGUUCAACUGCCUCUAUUUUCACUCCACUACAGUAGGUCAGUCCACGCCGCUUCAACCUUUCACCCAGAUACAUAUAUAUAGGUCUUAAAAGUCUGCAGUGACCCACUCUCAUUUUCUGGUAUUAUUGUCAAUCAAAAUGAUUUUUUCUGGCUUCUUAUUCGUGUUGGAAAUGACGGCCGAAAAAGCGGCUGCCUUUAUAUCCAUUUAUUUUGUGAUGCAACA